AUGGAAGAAGCAGCCCUGCAUUUCAGCUACAAGCAUCAAGUGUAUCGAGGAGAUUUGAAGCAUUCGUCAACUCCCCUCAACACACUCACAAUGAACGUUCAUCGCGACUCGAUCUUGUUGCUCUACUUCACUGCGUCCGCCAAAUUCAGGCACAUGUAUCACACCAAGGACUUGUACAAAGCCGAAAUCAACGAAAUCAAAACCAUUUUGAAAGACAUUGGCCAAAGCCGCCGCAGACCAACGCUCUUUCGACCUCGACGUGUCGAGCCCCCUGUCCCUGAAUGCCCCGAGUACCAAUCCAAACGCAUCAAAGUGUCUGGUGUGCGGGUGCCAUUUUCCAUUCAUGUGGCUCGCCGAUACAUCCACCGAUACACGAGCCUACCAACUAUCCACGAAUGCGAGGCAUGAAGUGCCACUGAAGUCCUCCACUAACAAAUGUAUGUCGAUGAAGUGUAAUAUAAUGUGCUGUUUGCACUUGUUCUUGAA